AUGUUCUGGAGAUGCUUUCUUGUAGGAGGAAUUUUCUUUCAGCUUCUUGUCAAAGCAAGGCCAUCUAGUGCAUUGCGGAAGGUUGAAUUAAGCGACGUAAAAGCAGUUUGCAAUGACAAUUCACGCGCGGUAUUCUACAUCAAACAUGGAUCGCCAAAACAGUGGAUUUUUUUUUUCGAAAGUGGUGGACUGUGUUCGUCAAAAGCUGAGUGUAACGAGAGGUAUAAAGACAAGAACUCGUCGGUGUUAAUGUCAUCUAAUUCACUUCCAGAGAGUGUUGUUGGAAGAGACAUCUUAUCAUCAUCGAUAAGCGAAAACCCAACAUUUUACAAGUACACACAUGUGCUAGUGCCAUAUUGCAGCAGUGACCUAUGGCUCGGAAACUCAACAGGCCUUAACAGAACCUUCAAAUUUGUGGAUGAUUCUUCUGCCAAUAAUUUUAUUUUCAGAGGAAAAACAAUUUUUCAAGGGAUAUUCAAGCAGUUGAGUCCAAAAAAUGCGGAACACAUCGUGGUUUCAGGAUCUAGCGCGGGCGGAAUAGGGGUUAUGAACAACGCAGAAUGGCUUUCAAACCUGUUCCAUGGGUCCAAAGUCAAACUUAGGUUUAUUAUCGAUUCAGCUUGGUUUAUAAAUUUUCAAGACGGCUUUACAUCCAGAGUUAACAUGGAAUUUCCCCAGUUGACUGGUACUUCUUCUAGUGCAUGCGCUGAUUCGUCGUACGGAUAUUCUUGUUGUCUGUCGUCUGCUUGUUUGAUCACACGUGGAUAUUUCCCUUCAAACGCGUCAGCUGCGUUCGUUUUCAGCCUUUAUGAUAUUUACAUGUUUGCAGAUGUGCUAAAAAGACUCGAAAGUGAAGGAAAGACCGCAGAAGAUCAUGAUGCAGAUUUUUUGUCUGUAGUGAGCAUGUAUGGAGGUGCGAUGAAUGGAUCAAUUGAACUUCCUCAUAAUACUGGAGGUCAUUCUAGCUUCUUUGUACCAGCCUGUUUUCAGCAUACUUACUUUAGUACAUCCAGUCUGUGGGACACAGAUGGAGUUCUACACCCACUUGUAGAAGUCACGCGAGGCAGUGGAAAAUUCAGGUAGGAGCUUGCGGCCAACUUUUUCCCCUCUAAAAUGGACAUCGGUAGGGCUAGCUCUGCAGUGAUGUCUGGAGCACAGUCAUCUAUUGUAUAGGAGAAAAGUUUUUUGGGAAUCGACUGCCAAUGCAGUGGCAGAUCCAGGGGAGGGGCUGGCCCCCCCUUAUUUUUAGGUCAAACUGAGGCCUGAUGGGGCAAAAAAAUCUUUUGGUGAUCCCCCCUCCCUUAUCUCUGGGUCUGUACGACCUGCCCCCCCCUGAUCUGAAGGUUUGGAUCUGCCACUGCAAUACGCUUCUUACAGGUGUCUAUUCUUAAAAUGGAUACAUCACAGAGAAGGUGGCCACCUUGAGUGUUGGCCACUGGAAGGUGUACCCUUGAAAUUUGAGAAGUACUGGCAGCUGUCUGCUUUACUGUGCUAUGCCUCUGCCUGAGAGAGAAGGCUACCUUAAUGACAGGUCCAUCUAAGUUAAAGGGGAGUUCCAGGGUGGGGUUUCAUCUAUGAGUUUUUUGGGGUGGAGAGGGCCAGUUGACCUGGAGCCCUUUACCUAUAUCAGACCAAGUGUGCCUGCAAUUUUGCUAUUCUAUUAUUUCUAGACUUUACACCAAAACUCCCAGCCUUAUCCCAGGCUAUCUAAGAACCAGGAACUCUUUUACACCUCUUGUCAAUUUUAUAUAUAACCUCUCCUAGACUGGAACCCUCUGAUUUCUAUACGCUAGCCCCACUAAAUUUCUUGAAAACCCUACCCUUCAUGGCAGCUCAUGCCUUUAUCCCUUUAAGUCCCAAUAUCCACAUACAAAUUCUCCAAACUGAUCUCUAUAUAUUUUCUUAAAGGAUGAGUUGAGAGAAUUUGAUAAAAGAUCAAAGCAUUUUCUCUUACGUGAUCAUUUUAUUAAAUUCUCAUAACCUCAUCUCUUGACAAUCUAUGUCUAUCACUUUGAGAAAGUUGAUGUUGGUCACUAUUAGGACUUAAAAGGUUAUAGCACAAGGGUCCUCAUUAGAAGGAUCUCUUCAGCCUCUUUUUCAGGGCUGGGUGCCCUCUCUUUCCCUACUUUGGAGUAUUCUCUCCCACAUACUACAGAAGAACGGAAAAGUAGAGUUUGUCUGCAUUAACUGUUAUGCUGUUAACCCAAUAUCCACAUGCAAAUUCUUCAGACUGAUCUCAAGUGAACACAUUCCUUUUACAGAAUUAGUUGAGAGAAUUAAAUUUUGAUAAGUGUGACUUCCAAGUAGCUGUGCUUUCUAUCUUGCUUUUAAUUGUCAACAUGUAAAUUACUUCUCUUUUUUUUUCCUUGGAGCACUAAUAAAGAUUGAUUGUUGAUUGAUUGAUUGUUGUGUAAAAGAUUGAAGCCUUUUUUCUUCAGUGAUCAUAUCAUCAAUAAAAUCUCAUAACCUUUUCUCUUGGUAAUGUAUGGAUAUUGUAAGGAGAAAAUUGAUGUUGGUGGCUCUUAAUGGGUUCAGAAGUGUACACUUAAUUAUCAUGAUCAUCAUUCCCCCCCCCCCCCCCCCCCCCCCCCCUGCCCCGGACUUUUCUUGCCCCCAGCCGCGGGGGGGGGCACCCCGGGGCCGGGUUUUUCUUUUUAUUAUCCUAUUAUUUUUUGUUUCCUAUCGUUAUAUUUAUGGUGGUAGUAUUUUUUAUCUGUAUAUCGAGGGGAGGUGGGUGUUCUAAACUAUUGUCUUCUACUCAUGUGACUCUUUUUCUAUCUUGCUUUUAAUUGUCAACAUGUAAAUUACUUCUCUUUUUUUUUCCUUGGAGCACUAAUAAAGAUUGAUUGUUGAUUGAUUUAUUGUUGUGUAAAAGAUUGAAGCCUUUUUUCUUCAGUGAUCAUAUCAUCAAUAAAAUCUCAUAACCUUUUCUCUUGGUAAUGUAUGGUUAUUUUAAGGAGAAAAUUGAUUUUGGUGGCUCUUAAUGGGUUUAGAAGUUUACACUUAAUUAUCCUGAUCAUCCUUCCCCCCCCCCCCCACCCCCCUCAGCUGGUGCUGGAAUUUUCUUGCACCAGAGUGUGUGGUGGUGUCCCGCGUGGCAGAUUUUUACCUUUAAUACUCCAAUAAUUUCCUGUAUCCAGAGAUAAUAGUUAAGGGUAUGCUAGUUUCUGUGAGCAUACUGGGAGUUACUUGCCCUUCAGAAAUGUCCGCUUGAACUACAGGUCUUCAUUCUGGAGACACAACACUCUUAAAAUGGUAUAUAUUAUAGUGAGAUAGGUGGAUUAAUUUAAUGAAAAUGCUGUUCACCUUUCUCUAAUUUUGUUUUAGCCACACUAUCAAGAAUGGAACAUGGUCCUUGACAAAAAUUUCAAAUCAAUAUGUGAAAGAUCACAGUAUUCGAGAUUUUAUUUCUUCCUGGGUCAAUUCGCAUAAUGCAACAUACAAGCUGAUCGACAACUGCAUUGGUGCCCAUUGUAAUCCCACAUGUCCAGAUAAAAUAGUCUUCCUGGAUGCAGGUGAGGUCUGGACCAAGGUCAUUAAGACAGUUGUUAUUGGAUUGUCAUUGGUGAUCACUGUAAUUUGUUCUGGACUGAAAUUGACCUUCAUGUGCUACUACAGUUACCUGGUAAAGAGACAGGAGAAUUAUUUGACUGAUAGUGACACCUGUGAGGCAAGAAAGGAGGUAUGUGAACAUGGGUGGAGUCACGGGGCUAUGAGCAGAGGGGACUGCCCCCCCCCCCCCCCCCCCCCCCCCCAAACACUUCCUCUUCCCCGCCCCCUUACUUUCUUUCCCACCACCCCCCCCCUAAUUCUACACUGGGAAAUAUUUUACGGAGUGGGGACACCGGGAGGCAAAAAAGGGGGGGUUGGCACACGGGUGGGGGCCCGGGGGUAUGAGCCGAGGGGACCUCCCCCCCCCCCCCCCUUUCAGCCCCAAAACUAUUCCUGUCCUCCAGAUCCUUAAUUACUGGACACAAAGGCUCUCAUAAUUCUAUAAUCAAUAAUAAUCAAUACAAAAUACAAAGGCUCCUUUCAAGAGGUCACCCCCGGGUCUUAAGUUAUGGUCCUCUCUUUCUGUGUAUGGAUCCAUUCUUGGUCCUCACUGACCUAAUAGGCCCACAGGAAAUUGAAUUUUAGGUCACUGUUUUGUGAAAAAAUUACCUCGUUAUACACACCCUGGGCACCACAGUAUAGACUUAGAGUGAGAUCUCUUUCCUUUCCUUACUCUCACUACCCUUGUUCCUGCCCUUCCACUUGUCCUCCCUUCCCUCUCUCCCUCCCCCCCUGCGAACUUUCUUACAGGUAUGCAGAGCUUUGCAGGCAAGGUUUUAGAUAUUGCAUAACAAUUUAAUUUACUGUGAAAGGUUUGAACCCAGGAGUAAUUUCAAAAGUAGGUUGAGUUUGAUCGUCUGGGUGAACAUAGUCCUGAAUAGGACUGUUGUUGCUGACAGUGACUGACGCUUCGACAACCUGUGUGGUAGGCAUCUUUAGAGUCAAAGUGAGUUGUAAAGAAGAAAAUUUUUAAAGAAGCAGAUUAGCCAGGGGUUUAGUGAAAAAUCCAACUGUGCCUGGUUUAUUUUCCAGCUACCACUGGGGAAGUCAGAUGAAACUGUCAGUAUUGCCUGCCUGUUUUUAUCUUACAAAGUGGAUUUGACUAACCAAAAGAAGAAAUCCAAGAAUGGUAAGUAGAAGUUUCACUUGAAAACUUUUGGCAUUACUGCAGUAUACCAGGCAACUUUUGAUUUUUCACUAAGAUAUUGUUAACGAUCUCAUCAUUCUAGUGGCUUGGUGGUCCACCAACUAGCUGAGCCACCAAAACAUUUUCCUUAACUUGUUCUUUUAACCCUGUAAGUCCCAAUAUCCACAUACAAAUUCCCCAAACUGGUGUCCAUACAUUUCCUUAAAGAAUGAGUUGAGAGAAUUUGAUAAAAGAUCAAAGCAUUUUCUCUUAGGUGAUCAUUUUAUUAAUUCUCAUAACCUCAUCUCUUGACAAUCUAUGGAUAUUGUUAAGAGAAAAUUGAAGUUUGUCACUAUUGGGACUUAAAGGGUUAAACUUAUAACUAUAUUUAUUAUAGCUGUUUCAAUAAAGAUUGCUAUGGGCAUUGGGAAUUGGGCAUUUGGGCAUAAGGAACAAGGCAGUGAUUUGCCUGAGUUGAGUGACCACCAAACAAUAGCUUCCUAGUGCCCAAUUCCCAAUGCGCAAAGCGACCUUUAUUGAAUCAGUUAUAUACCUAAUUAUUGUUCCCUAACAUUUUAUAAAAGUAAAUAUUUAUCUUUUUCGUUCUUAAAACAUUCAUCACGGCUAGCGAGCAACUGAACCACUUCCAUUAAAUUCCUUCCCAUUUGGCCCUGCAUUCUGUAGCUGCUCAGGAUAUUAACCCACCACCAUCCCCUGGCAAUGUUUGAAAGAAGCUUAAAACUACUUACUUUUUCAAAUGUAGACGAACCCUCCAGGGGUUGAAUUCCAAGGGACCAUAUCCAAGUUCAGAAAAAGAAAAAAAAUUUCGUAGUUGGUUGUUUACAUACUCCAUAAAAAGCGAAAUUAGGCAUUUUCACGCCGUAGUCGUGCAAAAACGGGCAACGAAAUGUACAAUAAAGCGUGAUCACGUGCGCAGAUGUUUUUUUGCUUAUAAAACCUAUUGUUCUUUUGACGUUCUCGUUGCCGUCCGCAUCGUUGGAUCUUAAAGUCCCUGUUACUUAAGUAGGAUGUAGGUCAACAAAUUCAUUCUGAACGUAACUUGUUUCAUACUUUUGAAAAGAAACACUCGGAGCACUUUCAGGAUUGAAUUCUCCAUUUCACGGAAACCGGUCGUUUCGAUACGAACUCUUGCCUGCGUGCAGACGUCUCCUAUUUCCUUUGUUGCACGCGUGCAACAAAGGAAAUAGGAGACGUCUGCACGCAGGCAAUACGAACUCAAGCAGCAAAUUUGCACAAAAAUUUCGUCCACUUCAAGUAUAGUUUGCACGUAAACAAGAAAAACAUUUUGGGAUAAUAUUCUUCGUUCUUUAAGCCUUGUACGUGGGAUUACUUUAUACUCGACUGAAAAAACUUGUAUCGAGACGACCGGUAACCGUUUCACCAUCCUACCCAGCUCAACACUGUCACGUGAUAUUGACUUAAGCUUUUAUUGCAAACAUUAGAUAAUAAAUCUGACGCAAAUGGAAAUAAAUGGAAACUUACCCGCGCAGAAUCAGCUCUCGAUGAAGACUCUGGUAGUUAUUUGCAAGACUCUGACGAAAGUAAAGAGGAGGAGCGAGAUUUUGCCAUUCCGUUGCCUUCUAAGUUAUUCAACGACAUCGACGACGCCGACUCGUUCAAUUCUCCGCGAGAACAGCCGUCUGAUUCGUUUUCAACCAUGGACGGCACUUCAACUAUGGGGUCACAUGCUGGAAGUGAUUUAGCUCUCCUAGGAGGUAGCCAUAGUAACACAGAUGACGUAUCAGUCAGCUUUUUGGCAUCAGGGGGUAAAGAUGCUACGGACUGCAUAGAGGCGAUUGGCAGCCCACCGACAAAGCAGAUUCUAAAAGGUGUGUCAGCGUAUUUUAACACUGGGGAGUUAGUAGCGAUUAUGGGACCAUCGGGUUGUGGCAAAACAACACUACUUGAUUUGUUGACUGGAAGACGUCGGCAUGGACAUAUUGAGGUUUGUAGAUGUGUCAGAUAAAAGUUAUUAAUUGAACUAACGGUGCUAUAGGGCUUGAGGGCUAUGUCCCUCCGCUAACUCUUUAAACCCUAACAUCAAAAUUUCAAAUUCUCAUUUGUUAUCCCUAUACGUUUUUAAUAGAAGUAGUGGGGAGAAUUUAUUGAAGUAUCAAUAAGAAUUGUCUUGUGUGAUCGUGUCCUCAAUUCUCAUGUCCAAUCUGCUUUACAAAGCAGUGAUAUUACAAGGAGAAAUUUGAUGCUGAUCACUCUUAGGGCUAUGUGUCUCCGUCAAUAGAGAGAUUAGAGAGGUUAAGCCUCACGUGUACGUCAAACGGCAAACGCGAAUUUCUACCACGUGACCAAGUUUCCUCUUUGCUUGUCGUUUACUGUUCAUUAUUUCUACCCAUAAAUUAGUAGUUUCACGCAAUUUUUUAUCCAUAAGAAUUGUUUUGAGCUGUUUUUAUCCGCUCAUUUUCUACUUUGAGAAAUUCGCAACUUGAAUCUGCCGUUUGCCAUAUACGUAAAGCUUAAACUCUCGAUCUAGGGCACACGGCAACUGACGUCAGAUUCAAGUUGAAAAUUUUUCAAAAUAGAAAAGGUGCCGCUAAAAAGAGUUCAAAGCAAUUGUUAUAGACAAAACGGAUCAAUUUAGGUUUCAGGGAAACUGCCCACCGACCCCUCCCUGAAACUAACAUUAACACUUACUUUUUACUUAGGGCAAAACGUUAGCUUAGGGGAAGGGUAGGUGGGCAGUUUCCCAGAAACCUACAUUGAUCUGACAAAACAAACGUGAAGCUACUAAUAGAACUGAUGAACAGUAAAGCACAAGUUAAGGAAAAACUUGGUCACGGGGGACAAAUCGACGUUUGCCGUAAACGUGAUUCUUAAUCUCUCUAAUGUCACUGUUUCCUUGCAUUUCAGUCUGGACAGUACAAAAUGCAGACUGUAGACUGACAUAGACCAUUGUUUUCAGGGUUAGAAAACAAUGGAACUAUUCUUGUCUCGUUUUCAUUUGCAUGGUGACUUAAUAAUGGUCCAGUGGUGGAUCUAGGGGAGGGGUCUGGGCGGGACCCGCCCCCACACCCUUAUUUGUAGAGCAAACUGAGGUUCGAAGGACCGAAAACAAUUUUUUUGGAGACCAGGCCCCCCCUUAUCUAAAGAUCUGGAUGACCGCCCCUCCCCCCCUUAUCUGGAGGCCUUGAUCCGCCACUGAGGUCUACAGCAGUCUGCAGUCUGCAUUUUGUACUGACCGGUUUCAGUCUUUUUUCUCGGCUCGCCAGCGUCAUGCGGCUAUCCUAAAACAUGUAUGAUAACAUUAACACUUUAUUCACACCUUUCACAUAUUACAUUUCCAAUUACAUUCUUUCCUUGUACUGUUACUAUUUAUUACUACUGAGAAGACUAUAAUUAUUUUUGGUGUCUAGAGGCCAAGUAAACUAAUGCAAUCUUGUUGGCCUCUAGUUCUUAUGAAAAUAUAUUUACACAGUAACUAAAUUAACUAAACUAAUUUAAAUAACAAAUAAUAAAGCAAAUUCUUGAACAACACUAAAAAGUAAAUGCAGAUAAGAUCGUCGUAGUUGAAGACGCAACUUAUGCAGUGGUUCCAAAAAGAAAGUCUAAAAAAUCAGGCUUGUCGGGAUUCGAACCGCGAUGCAGGUGUAACGCUUUAACCAAUAGGGAGGAGAAGUCGUUACGUCACGUUGCCAUGGUAGCAAAAUGUCUGGAUGACAACAUCCUGACAACGUCACUUAAAAAGUGAAUUCGCACUGUUUCAAACUACAUCGAUCUUAUUCAGUUUCAUUUAAUUUGUCAAAAUUUUCUGGGGUUGAAUCCGAAAGGACUGUAAGUCAAGAAAAAGGAAAAGAAAAUUUUUGUGUUUUGUUCGUAAAGCGGUACGAGGAAUCAGGAAGUUUCAUGUCGCAGUCGUGCACUGACGGUUAAGAAAUGUACAAAAAGCGUGAUGCACGUGCAAAAUGGUUUUUUUGCUAAUGAAACCUAUUGGUUGUUUGACGUUCUCGUUUAGCUCCCAACCGUUGUGAUCCAGAAAUUUUGCUACCAUGGUAACGUGACGUCGCACUUCUCUCUCUUGCACAAUAGUUCCGUACAAUGUCAAAACGUUCAGGCUUUAAGUAUACAACCAGAAAACCUAAUUCGGAAACGGUGUCCUUAACACUUAGCGCGUAUGUCCGUUAACGUCGAUUUCAACCUCUUAAGCAGCGGGCCUGUUCCGUAGGAUUUUGCCGUGAGGUGGCGACUUUGUUAACUGGACGGCCCUUAGGUGACUACUCAAAGGGAUAUUUUUUCCGGUUAUUUUUAGCUCUUUACUAUUAACAAUGUUUUCGUAAUCAGUCUCCGAGGGAUUGCCACUCUUUCAAAUAAUUUUUUCCAAAGCUCUAGUAGUAUGCGCUCCUCGAGCCCAAGGAAUUACACUCAAACCCCGCUUUUCGGCCUCCCGCACAAUACGGAAACCUCGUUAUUACGGACAGUUCUCCAUGUCCCUGGGAAAAGAAUUCCCCUUACAUUUUCUCUUAAUUCAACCCGAUUAAAACGGACACCCCGUCAAUACGGAAACUUUCUAUGGCCCCCUCAGUGAAGUGCCGGAUCUAGACUUGCUACAAGUCGACCUCUUGGCGAGCGGAGCGAACCUUUAUUGGCUGCGAAGCGGCCGACCGCGAGUGACGAAGUCGCGAGCGGUCCCGCGCCAUAUGAAAUCCGACGAAGGGCUUUUUUGAAAGUCUAUGCCGGAUCUAGACCUUGAGAUAAGGUGGGGGGCCCGGUCACCCCGACCCUGAAAUAAGGGGGGGGGAGGGUCUCCGAAAAAUUUUUUCGGCCCUUCGGGCCUUAGUUUGGUGUAAAAACAAGGGGGGCAGGUCCCCCUGGAUCCGACACUGCAGUGUCCGCGGUUUUAACGGGUUUGACUUUGUAUUUGCCGCAAAACUCGCAAGCAUAAGCGUCGCGUCAAACACUAUAUGAAAACGUGCUAUAAAUGUUAUCAUAUGUUGAGUUGAAGCUCUAUAUGGACCCUAUAUUGUCUUGGUUUAUGUUCCGAACAAUCAGUUCUGGAAUUGGCGAAAGAGAGACCCUCUGCUGUGGAUAUAAUUCUUCGACUACUAGAUUAGAGUUUUCUCUACCGACUGUAGCCCGCAAAGAGAUCACUGUAACCUCGUUGUCGUUCGAUCUUCCAUAAGGUACGAAUCGCCUCAGCAAAUCUUUCACUCCUGCUCGGAAGUCUCUUUUACGGAUGGAAUAUAUCAACGGGUUGCACACUGUGCUGGCCAUGAAAAUGCAAGUUGUCACAUGAACAACUUCAGCGGACACGUUGCUUUUGAUAAAGCGGCGGAAUAAACUUAAAGCCAAGGUGGGAAGAUAGCACAGGAAGAACGCACUGAUGAUGAUUACGACAUCGAUAGCUGCCUUACGUUCGUUAAGGCUUCGUGUCAUCUCUCGUUUCUUGUUUUCUGCUGUUUCGGCGGGAUCGUCAUGGCCUCUUAUUUGGACCUGUAAGGCGUGUAUUUUAGUUUUCGCAGUUUUGUAUACUGCGCCGUUAAAGUACGCGACUGAAAAAAAUAACAUUGUAAGCAAUACUGUGAAAAUGAUCGUCCUUAGUCGACUAGAAGCACUCGGCGCUAACCAUUCUUGUUCGCAGUAAAACACUGCAGGGUUAUAAGAGUGUUUUUCCCCUCCGACAAAGAGCCCGAUUCCACCUGAAAUCGGCGCUACCCAGAUGAGGACUAGAACCACUAUUUUAGAUUUAGUCAUCAGACCAUUGUAAGUCAAAGGCGACUUGACGAUCGCACUGUAUCUGUCGUAAGACAUCGCUACCAGAUGUAGAACUGUGUUGAGGUAAAAGUACUUUCCAAGGGAUGAAUUGAAAUAACACAUGAAUUCACCGUGAAGCCAUCUUUCUUGAGCUAUGCUUGGGAUGCGAAAAGAAUUGACGAGGAUUAAAAACAAGAUAUCCGAUAAUGCGAGGCUGGCCAGUAGAAUAUAUCGCAUUUUGUGAAGUCUUGAUAUCAGAGCAAUGGUUACAAAAACCAGUAAAUUACCAGGCAGGCCGAUCACGUCGAUAACGGAGUAGAAAACCGCAAUGACUUGAGUAAACGCCAUGUUGUUGAAGUGAAAGUACUUCAGUGAAAGACGCUGAUCUUCAAGUGGUCGUGAUACUGAGCUUCCCCUUUGUUGGAAGACUCUUGCGAACUUAAUUUAUUAAGUCCUGAAAGUAUAAGAGAGUUAAUUGCGGUCUCGGAAAUGCACUUUAAGGCUAUUGUAUUCUCAAGAAGCUUUUCGAUUACAUGUCUUGUUUCUAAACGUUAAUUGAGGAAGUCCUUUACUUUAAGAGCAAAUGAUGCAAAUGUUCUUCAUCAAGCGUAAAAAUGAGCACACUCAAUUUUUAAUAUUCCCCAAUCUGUAGCUAGAUGGAAUAAAAGAUAACUAAAGUCGUUUCUAUCAAAAUGAUCUGUAAAUUUUACGAUAAUGUCGUUUUUGUGUGUACAAAUUUAAAUACAAGCGUCUUUUUCUUUAACAUAAAUUUUAAAGGCGGAAAUUUGACAAGCUUUGCCGCACGGAUCCAGGAAAAAAAACACUUUGAAUUUUCGAUAAGGAUCUUUCCCGCAGAAUCUUUAUACUUCAACGCCUAAGAGUGCUAAGAUGCAAAUGACCUGUUUGCUUAACUUCCGCAUGUGCGUUGUAGUAGUGAAUUUUAGCCAUUUAUUCCUUAUGCUAGCGUUUUUUCUAGCAUUUACUGAGGCAAAAGCAUCAAGUUUUAUUCGAACAUUUUAGUGGCAUUUUCCCAGGAAAUGAUUUUUUUUUUCAGAGAAAAUAAAAACUGUAACAUUAUUAAGGAAAGAUGACGAUAUCAACUCGAAAUUUAAUUCAACUCAUGUUUCUCUAAAUUCCGUCAGGAGAAACACGUUUUGCUGUAUUAAAAUUAUUUUGUAUACAUUGUUUGUUGGCCUUAAACCCACCCCUUAAAACGUUUGGAAUUAAUAAAUAAGCUUCUGUAUAAUUAACAAUUAUUCCUCGAGCCCGAAUGGGCUUUGAAUCAAUAGCCCAUGAGGCCGAAGGCCGAAUGGGUUAUUGAAUCCGAGGCCAUGAGGGCUCGAGGAAUAAUUGUUUUAUUAAAAUCCAACUAGUUGGUCAAAAAUAUCGAGACAAAACAACUGUAGCUAGUUGAAGCUAGACUUUAAUCCUUUUUUGCCGCCAAAAAGCCGGCGCUUUUCGCCACUAGUGGGCUAUAACAUAUAGCCUAGUUGUAGCUCAACCUAUCAGAACGCAGCAUUGAUAAUAGACCACCAGCUGGAUUUUACUAAUGAGUAUUAUCCAAGCAUUUAAACGACUUUUUUGUUGACGACAGAGCAUUUUAGUGGGAAAAAUGGAGCUUUUAGGUGAAGCAUAGUAGUAGGGAAUCAAAAGCCUAAUGUACAAAAGCCUGGUGAAUUUUUUGUUACUAAAUAUAGAAUAGAAUGCGUGUAUGCGGUAUUUACGCACGAGCUUUUGACGCACUAAAACAACGAGAGCGAACUGAAUAGCGCCCUACAAAGCACUUUCCAUGUUAUAUUGGGCUUAUACACACACAUACUGAGACAUUCAUUAUUUUUAGUUAUUAUUUUGUACUGAAAUGGUAAAUUUGUCACUAGAAAUUGUAAAAUGACAAGGAAAAAGACGUAAUCUUUUAAAAAGUAUAAGUAAAGAUUUACGAAGAUAAGGAUAUAACAACUGUCAGGAGCCCAUGACCAGGAUUAUGCGCUCUUGCCACUGUUUAAGGCAAUACAGUAAUUGCAAGUAAGCUCAACUUUUUCUUUUGAAUCUGCAGUGAAAAUAAAUACGAAAACAGUAUCAAAUUAGUCUCAAGUUAAGCCUAGUCACAAAUAUCACGUAAAAUCGCCUAAAUAUCUUUCCGGAAAUUCUCAAAAAAAUGUCUAAAUAUCCCAAAAAUUUUUCUAAAUAUCUGGAAAAAUCCUCGAAAUAUCUCGUAUUUUUGUUUUAAAAUAAGCCGAUUUUGAAUCUCUUAGGCCAAAAUUUUCCCCAGCGGUAGCUGAAAAGCAUAAUCAGGCUCAUAUAUGUUUCCAGCAUCCGCCAUUUUGACAAAUGGCUGCUAGUGUCUAGUGAUAUGGAAUACAUCAUUCAAGUGGAAAACCGCUGAACUGGAUUAUUUCUAGCAUGGAAUGGUAAAACGGAGUAUUCUGUCAAGAAGAUGGCGAGGAAAAGCUGGAAAACAGCCAAAAAAAGCUAUAAAUUUGUCCAAAUAUCCCAAAAUUUUCUAAAUAUCUGGGAAACUUCUAAAUAUCUCAAAAAAUAUCCGGAUAUUUGUGUCGCCUAAGUGAAGUGGCCGUGUUGAGUAACAGAAGACAAAAAAGCUGCUAUUAACAGUGUAAAACGUACUUUCACAAAGCUGCCAGGAAAUACGUACAACCUUUUAAGGGUUCCUAAGCGUUUUAAAAGGAAUUGGUGGAGAUGCGUUAUGAAAUGUUCAGAUAAUGGGUGGCUAGUUAGCGGUUUUCGUGCCAGCAAUUUUUCAGUUUUUAGUGGGUGGUAUCUCGUUAUUUCUCGCUUCUAAAGAGCUAAAAUCUGCACAGGUUGCCCAUGUCAACUAGCUCUUGUUACUUAAGAAUUCAGUUCCUAAAUACCGCGACGACUUCUACGAUAAAAACCAAUUUGCAUAGACUGCGAACAGUCUUUCUUUUUCUUCAGAUUUAUUGAGGGGAGUGCACGCGCGCGAGAGCGACGAGCGGCGAAGCCGCGAAACGCGAGAAACGAGGGCGGCAGGCUCUUCGGAAUUCCGCCUUCAGUCACUCGCGUGUUCAUUUUCGUGUCUCGGGCGUUUCGCUAAGAAAAAGAGAGACUGCUCGUAAUCUAAAAUUCGCACGAUAAUGAACCAAAAUGUACGCAAUGACGUCAUGGUGAACUUAUCUCGUUUUCAGGGUCGUGUGUACAUCAACGGAGUAGGUCUGGGACAAGUACAAGAUUGGUACGCCUGUAAGAUUGGUUACGUAUUACAGCUCGCUGUACCCUACUACGAGGAGCUUACGGUUCGACAGAAUCUUUUUUUUGCAGCACACAUGAGAUUACCAAAGGGAACAUGUAUAUCUGAUAAAUACGAGCGAGUUGAACAAAUUAUCGCUGAGGUAAGUAACUUAAAAAAAAAACGCUUACCGUAAGCGUUUUUUUUUGGGGGGGGGGGUGAGAACUAAUGCAAGAGAGAGUAUGUAAAUGAAAUGAAGUAUGAGUAGAAGAAAUGAAAGAAAGAAAGAAAAAGCAGUAUAGAUAAUGGAGUGUGGGAGGGACUGAGAAGAUAGAAGGUGGAGGUGGGGGGGGGGUGGGGUGGGUGGGGGGGGGGGGGGGGGGGGGGGGGGGGGGGAGAGACAAGUGAUAAAAAUUGCCGAUACGAGUAAUCACGGUCGAGUUUGUUUAUUAUCGCAAAACGAGUCGACGAUUAUUUUGGCGCAAAAUGUACAGUUCGAAUUUUCUCAAGUUUUACAUCAUUAUUGAUUGUUGUGAGAACAUUUACUGUCGCUACUGCAUCCAAAAUAGUUUGCCAUUAUCGUCUUUAGGAGAAAGAGUUCUUUAUUUUAUGUUGUCUAGAUUAAACAAACUCGACUGCGAUUUCUUAUAUCGGCGGAUUUAAUCAUUUGUUUGCCCCCUGAGAAACCGCGUGACAUCGCUUUUAUCCCGGCUGUCCUAAAGCGCGUGCAAAGAUGGCGAGUAUCGUGAAUAAGGUCUCAUGUAUUGUCGUAAAAAAAAUACCGUACGAAUCCCUUUGCUCUGUUAUCUAAUAACGUUUUUCCCUCGCUUCUUUCGUUACCAGACUGGAUUGACGGACAUGGCAGAUACGGUCGUUGGCGGAUCAGUAGGACUGGGUUUAAGUGGAGGGCAGGUAAGUAUAAUAUCAACUCUGUGUUUCUAAAUGUAGCGGAAGCUGUGCUUGCUUACUGCAGGCUAUCCUUGGGUGAAGAAGAUUUUCACGGGGAGGAGGAUUGUCGUUAUCUUGAUUCCUCUUCCGAGUAAAAGGAAUAAGAAAAGUUAAACUUACCGUGCUCAACUUAGUAGAACCGCCGACCGACGUCGUCAUGUUUUAUUAGGGACCUUAAGAUCCAACGAACCGACGGCGACAAGAACGUCGCUUAAAAAGUGAAUUUGCGUUCUUUCAGUCUUUAUAGCGAUUAUUCCUACCCACUUACUUUGUCAAUUGUAGGCGAGCCCUCCUGAAGCUGAAUUUCAAGAGAUCAAAUUCAAGCUCAGAAAGAGAAAUAAAAUUUCGUCGUUGUUUGUUUACGUCCUCAAUAAAACGCGCAAUUAGGCAUUUUCACGUCGUAGUCGUGCAAAAACGGGAAAGAAAUGUACAAAAAAAGUGUGAUGCACGUGCGAAGUUGCUGUUUUGCUAAUUAAACCUAUUGUGUUUUUGACGUUCUCUUUGUCGUCCGCGUCGUUGGAUCUUAAAGUCCCUAUUAGGGACCUUAAGCAACGACGACAACGGCGGCGGUGUAAACAUCGCUAAAAAAAUAAAUUUGCGUUCUUUCAAACUUAGUCGCGUCUAUUUGGACCCGCUCAAUAUGUCAAAUGCAGACGACUUUUCCUGGAGUUGAAUUCUUAAAGAUUUUAGUCAAGUUCAAAACGAGGAAGGAAAAUUCGUCGUCGUAUAUUACGUCCUCCAUAAAACGUCAAAUUAGGAGGAUUCACGUCGUAGUCGUGCGGUGGACGUCAAAGAAAUGUACGAAAAAGCGUGAUGCACGUGCAGAGCUGUUGUUUUGAUCAUUAAACCUAUUGUUUGAAGUUGUCGUCGUAGUUGUUUAAACUCCCUAUUUACCCUGUAAAAUGCUAACUCCCGUAUACUCUACUUCUCCUUCCGGCUGUUCGAACAUUGGAUUGCGCUAUCCAACGGAUAAAUCACUAUUCUGUGGAUAAACAGUAGGAAAAUCCAGUUGCGUUAUCCAGUGGGUAGAGAUUUAUCCACCUCUUGAACUACUAGGCCCACUCUUUCCCUUCCCUCCCCCCCCCCCUGAAAAAACCUAGAGGAAGACACAAAGCACGAGGGUUAAUGAGCAAAACAACUCUGCACGCCCUUUUUGCAUUUCUCCGCCGUUCUCGCAAACAACACUAAACGUCAAUGAUAAACUUCAAUGUUUGGAGGAGAACAGAAGAUGAGACAGUUAAUUCAAGUUUCAUUUGCCCUGUGUUUGAAGUCGUCGCUACCAAAUCAGACUGUGGAUGAGUCAGUGGUGUGAGGUAAAUCUAACAAACUGAAAUAAUAUUGAUUCUUGCUCCCACGAGUGCACAGCUGAUAAUUAAAAUUCAAGAAAACUCCCAAUUUCAUUUUGUAAAAAUACUGUAAAACAAAUAGCAUCAUGUAAAAGUGCUGGUCAGUAGCUUUUAUUUGAAAGGUCACACCAUAGGAUUUCAUCUACAGACUCAAAAGUUAGAACCACCUUGUACAGUAUAACAAACAGUACCACAGGAAAGUACUGCUCAGUAGCUUUCAUUUGAAUGGUCACACCAUAGGAUUUCAUCCACAGACUCAACAGUUAGAACCACCUUGUACAGUAUAACAAACAGUACCACAGGAAAGUAUUCCUCAGUAGCUUUCAUUUGUGCACACCUUGAGAUUUCAUCCACAAUAUUCAAAUGUUAGAACUUCGAGUAAUGCCUUUCACUGGAUUAUUGCUCGCAUCUCUGGGAUCUAACCUCUAAAAUUUGUAUUGCAGAAACGACGCCUGUGUGUUGCUCUUCAACUAAUUAACAUGCCGUCAGUACUUUUUCUCGACGAACCAACAUCUGGUAUGUGAUAAUUAGCACUGAAUUACUGGAUGAGAUUUUUCAAAAUAUUUAGAGUUAUGAAGGGCGAUAGAAGCGGAAACCUUGAUAUUUUUAGAUACAAUAAAACCCCAGUAAAAAAGGCCUGGUUCUUUUCAUUAUGUCAAAAAUUCGGAAAAUUUGGUCAAGAUAUCAAUGGAACGUUUUGGUCUAGAUGGAGAUUUCUUGGAAUUGAAACGGCGAGUCGCCCGCUUGCUCGAGUCAUACAUCGCGCGUAUAAACCAGUAUCAACGCGCGACUGCGCUGUGUAAGCAAAGAGCUUUGGCAGCAACGACACGAACGGCUACGAAAAGGUCACCUAAGAAGUUAAUUUGUGUUGCUUCAAACUUGAUCGCGCUUAUUCCAUCUUGUUGAGUUCGUCAAAUGUUAACGAAUAUUUCUGGAGUUGAAUCCUAAGGGACUGUAUCGAAGUUUAGGAAAGGAAAAGAAAGUGCUUGUUUUGUGUUUAAGUCGUCCACAGGACGUGAAAUUAUGCAUUUUCACGUCGUGCAACGGCGGCAAAGAAAUGUACAAAAAAGCAUGAUGCACGUGCAGAGUUGUUGUUUUGCUAAUCUAAGCCUAUAGAGCGUACUCACUCACGUGGCCAGCAUCUAUACUAAUUAAUACAAACAGAACAAAGCUUUUAGUUAAGAAAAGAGUUCAGUUCCCACUGGGUUGUCUUGGUGCACCAACAUGGCUGUCGUUUUAUUGUUUUGGAACACCAAUAUGGCCGCCGUGACGUCAUGUGAAUACGCUCUAAUCCUAAUGUGAGAUUCUUAGGGCCUGUUUACAUGAAGGUGGGGGACCCCAGAUAGGUGAGGUAACCCCCCUUAGGUGGGGUAAAAAAAUAACCCUCCUUUACAUGCAAUCUUACAACCCCGCCAUACCGGGUUGCACUUUCUCAAGAUUACUAAGUGGUCGCUAAGCACGUAAACAGGAAAAAUGCUGGCAAAGCACGUUUUUAGGUGAUUGAUGCUCUUCUACACUCGCUUGCUGCUCUUGCUGCAAGCUCCAGUGCUGUGGCUUUCUAUUGUUACCUUUCAUAAUGAUGCAAAGCUACCGCCAAAGUGAAUUUUGCGGGAAUUCAAUAUCGCGAAUCCGACCCCGGCUAGGCGGGAUACCCCACCUUGAAACGUUUACAUGACAAAAUUUGACUCCGGCUGAGAGGGUUACCCGGUCUGGCAGACCGGGCUACGCGCCUUGGCGGGUCACCCCAUCUAUCAUGUAAACGUGAUCAAAUUAAAAUGAGAGAUUAUAUGGACAGGCGGGUUACCCCACCUUAGCGGGUUACCUCACCUAGCUGGGGUCCCCCACCUCCAUGUAAACAGGCCCUUACUUAAGGUGGCUCGAUACAGUUUUUCAGGGCCAAUACCUCCCAAGUUUGAGCAUAAACUACGUCGCCAUAAACAAAGUUUUGGAAAAAUUGUCACCACAGUUGUAUUAGAUAAAGAUGAAAAUUUAUUAUGAUCAGGUUUGCAACGGCAAUCAGAGUUGUCAUAGCAACGAAAUGACGCUAUUACCUAUUUUACUUACAGGAGUAUUUCUCGGCACUGGGAACUGUUCUUCCAAAAUCGUUCACGGGAGCUUUUUCCUCCAAUAGCUGCCUCGAUGUUCGCGAAGUUUAAGCGAAAUCUGUAAGAGCAUUAUCGAGAUAUUUUGGAAUGAAGUUUUUGUGGUUAGAAACACAGUGAAAAAUGGACAAUAUUGUUGUUUGGCCGUUAUCUGUAGAAAAUGAAGCGCUUUUUACAUGUCAUCUCACCUGAUAGUAGUUUCAAUCUUUUUAAAAACGUGUGUGAAAAAUUAUGGAGAUAGCUCCAGCCGAUUGCUAGAAAGAAGGGUUUGAUUAGCAUGUAUCGAGGUGCUCUCGUUAGCCGUUUUGUAAACAUUUUGGUCUUCUUGAACAAAUUGGCGAACAGUUUUUAAUCCGCUCGAUAGAUUUUGUUUUAAAUUUAACAUUCUUGAGAUUAACCUUUCUUUUAUAUGACCUUUUAGUUUCAAGAUUAUUGAUACAUUGUAAGGCAGUAAAAUAAGGGCUACAAUUCGUUACUUUUUUAUCGGAAGUUUCGUUAUUACAAGUGAAAGCCUCUCAUUAUUCACGGCAUUGUCUCCAAGUUUCAUUUUCACGUGAACAACAGUAACUAACAAUACAUUUGACAUAUGCAAAAAUGCUAGGUAUUGUUUUGCACGAAACUACGAAACUUGGAGACAAUACCCUGAAUAAUGAGAGGCUCACAUUUGUAAACACAAAAUUUCUGCUAAAGUAUUGGCGAAUUGUAGCCCUUAUUUUACUGCCUUACAAUAUAUCAAUAAUCUUGAAACUCAAAGGUCAUAUAAAAGGAAGGUAAAUCUUAAGAAUCUUAAGUUUUUUAAAAAAUCUAUCGAGCGGUUUAAAAAUUAUUCGCUAAUUUGUUAAAGUAGACCAAAAUGUUCAAAAACCGCUAACAAAAGCGUCCCGAUACAUACUAAUCAAAUCCUUUUUUCUAGCAAUUGGCUGGAGCUAUCUUCACGAUCUUUCACACACGUUUUUUAAAAAGAUUGACACUACUAUGAGGUGAGAUUGCAUGUCAAAAGCGCUUCAUUUUCUACAGAUAACAGCCGAACAUCAAGGUUAUCCAUUUUUUACCGUAUUUCAAACCACAAAAUCUUUAUCCCAAAAUAUCUCGAUAACGCUCUUACAGAUUUCGCUUAAACUUCACGAACACCGAGGCGGCUAUUGGAGGAAAAAGCUCCCGUGCAUGAUUUUGGAAGAACAGUUCCCAGUGCCGAGAAAUACUUCUGUAAGUAAAAUAGGUAAUAGCGUCAUUUCGUUGCUAUGACAACUCCGAUAGCAUUGCAACCCUGAUUAUAACAAAUUUUCAUAUUUAUCUAAUACAACUGUGGUGGCAAUUUUUCCAAAACUUUGUUUAUGGCGACGUAGUUUAUGCUCAAACUUGGGAGGUACUGGCCUUGAAAAACUGUAUCGAGCCACCUUAAGUCGUACUCACGUCAAGGUCUUUUUUUCCUUAUGAUUUAUCGAUUUUGUUCUUAGGUCUAGACGCGUCAUCUUCUCUUGAGCUUUUAAAUCAUCUGAACCUUGUAGCUGAGUCUGGCAGGCUUGUUAUACUCACCAUUCAUCAGCCCAGACUGGAAAUCUUUCAUCUCUUUCACAAAAUUCUUUUUUUGUGUGAUGGCCAGGUGAGUUAAGGUGAUGUCGCGUAAGAAUCUCGUAAAAGGGUAUAGUUUUUGGGAAGUCUUAACAAUAAAGUCAAACCCCCGGACUCUCUUUAUUACGGACAGUUUGCUUUGACCCUGGGGAAAGAAAGCCUUUAUACUUCCUGUAAAUACAACCCGCUUAAUACGAACACCCUGUUAAUACGGACACUUUCUAUGGCCCCCUUAGUAUUCGUAUUAACGGGUUUUGACUGUAUACUGCUAAGUGCCUGAAGAUUUGAAUGAAGGUUUUGUCUACAGACCCUUGUGCAGCUUAAUUAACAGUACCACAGGAAAGUACUGCUCAGUAGCUUUCAUUUGAAUGGUCACACCAAAGAAUUUCAUCCACAGACUCAAAAGCUAAAAUCACCUUGUACAGCUUAAUAAACAGUAUCACAGAAAAUUACUGAUUAGUAGCUUUCAUUAAUAUUUGGAUGGUGAUAUCUAGGAUUUCAUCCAGGGACUCAAAACUUAGAAGAAACUUUUCGACGUGGAAUUUCACGCUGGCAAUGAGAAAAGUAUAUAAUCUCUUCUUAGUUGGGUUUGUUUUGUUUAGGUUGCAUAUUAUGGUGAACCGUCCAUGGCGCCAGAGAUAUUCCUUAAAGCUUAUGCGGGCGCAACAACUGAAGAGUUCCGGAUGAGCGAAGAUGCUCCGAAAAUUGACGCCAAGAACCCCGCAGGUACCAAAAAAGAAGGCAUACCCAGUUAUCAUGGCUCUAACAAUUCCGAAAAGUGUUCUUGACGUCGAUUGAAGUGGCAUUUCUUGAAAUAAAUAGAUAAAACUAAGAUGAAACGAAUAAUAGAGCGAUAUUUAGUUGCGUACUGCCUAAUGAAAAUAGCUGUCUUUGUCGAAGAAACAUUUAUAAGUAUUUUCAAGUAAAUAAGUUUUAACUGAUCAAAGUGAACUAAUAGUUGCCUUUCUCGUUUUAAAAGAUCAUUUUUUUUCGAUAACAGACACUAUCAUGGAUUUGUUAAACUGCCCCGAAGCUCGGCACGCUAUUUUGGAUUAUUAUCAAACAAGUGGGGAACCACAGGCAGUCCAGGAGGCUAUUAUGACGUCCCAAGAAAGCGCAAGAAAUACCGUUUCCAUGGAUACCAUGACAAAGUUGUAAGUUUGUAUUGGGUUAUGGGUUUUCCCGCGCUUCGAACUGGUUUACAAUACACUUUUCCCGCGCUUGCAUGCACCCGGUUGAACUCUUACCCGAGCUUGGCACUAGUUACCCUUUUUUCCGCGCUUAGAAACCGUUAAACUUUUUGCUGUGCUUAGAACCGGUUACAUUAUUCCCGGGCUUAGAAAUUGUUUACACUUCUUGCUUUGCUUAGGACUGGUUACAUUUUUCCCGCGCUUACAACCGUCUGGACAUUUUUCAGAAUUCCAGUGCUCGACACCGGUUUUUUAGUGAUUAUUUUUGGUUCCGCAGUUAAGCAGCUUAUAACGCCCGUCACUGUCUUCUUCAAUUUUCAGCGUGGAGGGGGCUGGAACAUUCAAGAGAAUCUUUGUCCUGGAAGGCAGAACUUCUGUCAAGCAAACAGUUGGCCAACUCUUGUAUUUUCCAAUUAUAUUUUUGACAUUUGGAAUUAUAAUAGGUAAGUUAAAUCGUGAUAAUAGUUGUUUCCUGGUAAGGCUUUUCUCUUUGCCGCUAUUUUUCAUCAUAAAAACACUUAAAGAUCUUCUCUUUUAUUUCGCUGUUUGCAGCUAUAAACAGGGUGUGACGGAAAGUUCCACAAAACGUAAAAUGACGGAAAAGCUUCCCCUAAAAAUCACCCGUUCCUCGCAUUUUAUUAGUUACAAAGGAUUUAUUCUCUGUUCAUGUUUUAGGAACUGUUUAUUGGCAAGCGGAGGAGAGAGAUGGGAUAUUAUUGAUGUCUGCUUACUGUGUUUACUGUUGUGCCAGUCCGUUAUUCCUGAGCUCUGUUUUAAUGGCCCACCUCAAUAAAGCUCUGGACGUAAGUUUCGCUUUUACGUUUACGAUUCAACGCCCAGGCCUCAGAAUAUAAGAUCGUAUUGAAGAUUUUAUUGACUCAGGUUUGCUCAAGAUCAGGCUGACCUCAUUGGUUUGUUGUCGUGGUUUUGCCUUUACAGUGUUUUCCCUUUCUUUGUUCGUGCAUAUCAGUGACCGAAAGGCCGUGCAUUGAUCAUGUGACGCUGAAUAAAUGGCUUUGCGGAAUAUUGAGGUCUAGGUACUAGCCAAAGAUCGUCUUUAGAGCAUAAUAAAUCGUAAAAUCAUCAGUUAAAUUAGCUGCCAAAAAAACGCGCCAGUCAUUGUUCAUAAAGGUGAGAAAAUGUUCUCAAAGACGGUAUUCGCCAAUGUGUUUAAUCUAAGUGAUCACGCUGAUAUAGGAAAUUAACGUUACAUUUAGGCUUUCUAGCGUGCCAUAGUUGACUGUUUUUUCAUGUUUCUCUAGAUAUUUCGCCUUGAGCGCGCUGAUGGGUGUGGUCGGUCACAUGAGAAUGUCAUUCAAACCUUUGUACGAACAACAGCUGUAUGCGUGUUGCCAGUGAUCCUGUGUUCAACUAUGUCUUACUUCAUGGUAUGUUCACUGAAAUACUUACAUACAUACAUACUUUAUUGAGACUCCCUUCAACAGGGCUUUUCAGUCACAAUGUUAAUUAUUACAUAAUACUGGUAAUUAAGAAAAGAAAGAAAACUUAUUUACAGUAGUCAAAUGAAAUUCAAAAUACAUUCAAAAUUAUUCAAAAUAUAUUCAAAAUUAUUUCGUCUGAAAAAUCCUAUUAAAAAGUCUCCGCUUAAAACUAUCAAUAUCUUUAGUGUUCCUAAUAUUGUCAGGUAGCCCAUUCCAUGCCUUUGGACCCCGAAAAUAAAUUUUUGUCCCAUUGAUAGUCUACAUCGGGGGACCACAAAAAUAUUUGAAUACUAAAACUAAGUCAUGAAAUGUCGCCGUCUAGCAUACCGAUCAUUGGUUGCGACCACUUAUGUGUUAGGUAUCACUUCUUUAGCCCGAGUGUUAGCACUGGUGGGCAGCUGUUGCAACAAAUGGGGCCUCAUGUCAUAAAUCACGUGAUAACAGAGGAUAACACUUGCGUGAUGUGACGGAUGCGUGUUAUUUGACUUCGUUAUUUUUUACCCGAAACAACAUCAUGUUAUCUUUGUAAUGAAAAUCACCCUGGUCAUCACUUUUUAACUUUUCAUCCAAAAUUUUGAAAUUGGAAAAUGGCGAGUUUAAUGUUGUACGUGAAAUCUUCAAUUUCGCCUUAUUCCUGUUCAUGUAAACGUUUUGUAGCAACCUCGUGUAUGACACAAUUUUUUCAUUCCGCUGAUCGGUGAAGUAAAACAUGAAAAAGGGGAAAUGCUUUGUUUAUAGUGAAAGUACACGUAGCUACUCUAAAACAAUUUGAAGGAAAUAAUACAAAUAACAUAACAGGAUCAAUAUUAACCUCGACUGUCAGGAGGCAACCAGUUGGCUCCACUCAAGCGUGAUCGAGGAAUUCGAUUUCGAGACGAUCGACAAACAAAUACACCAAGCAGUCGGAGAGGGACUCGAACCCAGGAUAGCUGUCCAGUCGGCCACGCUGCUUCCCUUUGCUCAACCACACGACACCUGACAUGAGUACUUCCACUUUUCACGGCUUACUUUAAAUACGGUAUUUAUCUCCUCCUGUAAUUAACGUGCGAAUAUUGAUACUGGUGAUCGCGGAAAACAAGGACGUGGAGAAGAAUCCAGAAAUCUAUUAAUUAUACAAUCUGUCCGGCUACGGAUGGGCCCGUUUGUCGUUUCACUAAUCUUCGUCGCAAACUUUCACAAUACAGGUAAGGUUGAAUAAAAUAAAAUACACGAAGCAUAAAUACUGUUUUGGACCGUUCAGUGCUAGUCUUCCUCAAUUAAUUUUGUCAUUUCUUUUGUCAACUCUCUUUCUUGUAGGUUAUGACGUCCUAUGAAUUGUCGAGGUUCUUACUUAUAACAAUCCUUUCACUGGUUCUAAACCAGACGUGGAUUGCAGUCUAUAUGAUGGUGAUUUGUGCGCAGCCGCAGAUCGCUCAUCGGAUUUGUCCAAUGGUGUCUGCUAUUGGCGGCUUUGCGGGGGGCUUUCUAGUGCCCAGGCCUCAGAUGCCUGUCGUGUAAGUGCUUAGUUGACUUCCGGCAACGAUCUUCUCCAUUGAUUGAGUGGUUGUAACUUUUGAGUAUGUAAUUUAAAUCCUAUGGUGUGACAAUGUUGGGUCUGGUCAUUCAAAUGAAAGCUACUGAGCAUUACUUUGCUGUGGUACUGUUUAUUAUGCUGUACAAGGUGGUUCUCACUUUUGAAUCUGCGUGAAUGAAAUCUUAUGGUGUGACCAUUCAAAUGAAAGCUUCUGAGCAGUACUUUCCUGUGGCAGUUUAUUAUGCUGUACAAGGUUGUUCUAACUUUUGAAUCUGUGUGAAUGAAAUCUUAUGGUGUGACCAUUCAAAUGAAAGCUACUGAGCAGUACUUUCCUGUGGUACUGUUUAUUAUGCUGUACAAGGUGGUUCUAACUUUUGAAUCUGUGUGAAUGAAAUCUUAUGGUGAUACCAUUCAAACGAAACGUACUGAACAUUGCUUUCACAUGGCGCUAUUCAUUUGGGAGUGAUAGAAGGCCAAAGGUUAUCUUUGUUACAGUAUUACAAUGAUGUAGCCGCUGAAAAUAAAUUUCUUUUGUUUCCUGUCUGUUGUUUUCAGGUAUAAUUUAUUGUUCUAUAUCAACCCACAGUUUUAUGGCUAUGCAGCGAUAACCAAAGUCUUGUUGCAGAAUGUUCGUCUGAAGUGUGAUUACGAAUCCACGUUAAACUGCAUCAGCACAGAUGGCAACGCUAUUUUGGGCAGAUUUGGAUUGGAGUCCGUGAAUCCUUAUGAAUACCUCGUGGUAAGUUUUCUAAAGUAAACGGAACGAGUAGAAUAAACAAUAAUCCUUUCCGGGUUUCCAAGACCCUCACUUUCAAGUGUUAGUGGGUUUCAUUUGCAUAGAGCGAUUUUCGUAAGACCUUGAAAAAUGGUUUCCGUAAGUGUUUGUUAUUUUUUUUAUCAGCCAAUGGAUGAAAAGAACAAAACACGGACUCUUCAUUUUCCGGCCAAAGAAAACCCUAAUAUGGAGAAGGCAUUGCUCGAUUGACCAAUCGUGUUGCAGUAUGACGUCAAAGCGAUUUCUAGAAAGUUCUUCGGGCGUGAAGUUUUUUCAGCCGAGCGUUCUCUUAACCAACCAAAGGUGCGUUUGUAACCGUUCGAUAAACCAAUCAAAUCGCUUUAUUUCCGCUCGUUUGUUGUUUUUGUUUUGUUCGCGCGUUUUCAUUUCAAGGUCAUACGAAACUUGCUCUAACGACCAAAAAAUUGUUUUCAUGUGAAAGACAUCGCACUUUCCGUCGUUUUCAAAAAGAAGCUUGAAAGUUAACUCGGUAAUGGGCUAUUUCUUUAUCAAUCCCUUGCUUUGUAACAGAGAGGUAGCUCCAGGGCAUAAUAUGGUUUGUGUUUUUUUUUCUUUUCAUUUUUGUCUUCCCGUCGUACCUUGCGGGCUACUCCACUGUUACUCUGAACACAAUAGAGCAUUUCCGAGUUCCCCCGGGCCUCUGUUUCAAAACGAGGGUAGGUGCUCAGCCUUUAAUAUGGAAAUCAUUUUUCAUUCUCAUGCAAAUAAAACUCAUUUUCACAAGAAAGGUUGUGCACCUAGCCUCAUUUUGAAAGUGAGGGUUUUUGGAACUCGGAAGUGGCCUAUCGUUUUGUCAGUGGACAUUGGCAAUCAGUUUAUAUGUUGGCAUUUCGUGCUGCUAUCGCGAAAGCUUUUGCACUGAAACAUCCAUACUCUAAUUUCUCUGAUGCAUUGAUUAUCCAGUAUCUUUUACCUCAAGAAGUGUUGUUGACGAAGGAAAUUCUUUUUAAAUUUAGAUCAUGUUAGGGAUGACGGUGUCGUCAUUACUUCUCGCUUGGUUGUUUCUAGAAGCAAAAUACUUCACUUUACCUUGCUUCAGUAAAACGUAAGUUACAUCUCAUCCCACCGUUAAAUCAUGAAGUGGGAUUGUUUUUUAAGUUUUUUGUAAUAUUUUUUGUACGUAUGUCAAUAGUAGUCUUGCCGCCUCAAUUUUGUGUUCAAACUGCGAAACGGAUGACAAAUUGCUGAAUGAAGUCAGCGGUGUUAUAAGAUUUAAAACAUGCCCUUGGCGGCUUAAGGCUGGUUUUCACUAGCGACGGAGUCGGAGUCAAAGUCGUUAUCGGAAGCGUAGAGCUUAUGAUCUAGUGAAAACAGCGUUCCGAUUCCGCUUACGACUCCGUCGCUUACAUUCCGCUUAUGAUCUAGUGAAAACCAGAUUGUCGGAGUCGAAAGCAGAAGCCGAAGGACUAAACCCAAUCACAAAGCGUGGGAACUUGCGUUGUGAUUGGUUUAUCCUUCCGCUUCUGCUUCCGACUCCGUCAAUCUAGUUUUCACUAGAUCAUAAGCGGAACGUAAGCGACGAAGUCGUAAGCGGAAUCGGAAGAAAAUGGAAACGUUCUGAUUCUUCUGACUCCGAUUCCGUCGCGCUUAUGACUCCGCUUACGAAUCCGAUUUUUGAUUUUCACUAGGUCAUAAGCGCUCUUACGACUCCGCUUACGACUCCGACUCCGAGUCCUUCGCUAGUGAAAACCAGCCUUUAAUAGUGCUUUUCCGGUAGACGACUUUUACUUUGAACUGAAAAAAACGUCAAAAUGGGCCUCAUGGUGACUGAUAUAGUACAAUAUUAACCUAGUUGCUUUGGAAUUCCAGUCCCGCUACAUUUUUAGGGGAAGCAGAAGAGGGAAAGGUCGAGGUUUUGGUGAAGCAGAGAGACGAUAUCUCUUCUAAAGAUGACCUGGACGAAUUUCAAUUGAAGACACCAAAAACCUGUGGCAUAGACCCACGUAGUCCCUCCAGAAGGUCUGCCAAAUCCAGGCUUGGUCUAAUUAGCGUUAAUAGAGGCUUUCAUUCAGUGAAACUGCCUCCUCUAAGACAAGGCCCGUCAUCACCAGGGAUGUUUUUUGAUGGCCAAGAGGUAAGUUGUAUCUGGCUUGAAGGGAGAAAUUCAUGGUGGGAUGGAUUGUCCACGAAUAGUGGUUGGGGCGUAGACCAAAUGGAAUGCAGGGUGCGAGCAUGGUUGGAAUUGUGAAUUAGAGCGGAAUGCGUGGAUUUGUACUUUCUUGUGUCAGCCAUAUACUCCAUGUGUCACAGUAUUGUCUCUCAUUCAUGAGAAAACUAGUCUGGAUUUCAGCUGUCUGCUCAAAUUUCUCGCAAACACUGGACGGCAUUAACGGUUCGUUGAUUCAUACGCCUCUUCCUCGGGUUAUGCGACUCAAGAAGACAGCUGAAAUUCAGGCUGUGAGAAAACUUAAUGAUUACGACCUUAAAGAUUGUGUCUUACCUCUCAAGUCUGAAUAGACCUUUUCACCGAUACGGCGGCCAUAUUGAAUUAAUUCGAUUUAAGGAGUAUUAUAGGAUGUCCAGGGGGCAUGAGCACAUUUCGUUUGCAUUUUCGAGCGCUUUUCGGGACAUUUUUUCUUAACGUUUUCUUAGAAUAAGAUUGUAAUGGGAAAAAAGAUCCUUGUGCCGUGUUUGGAUGUAAUAAUGAUCGCCUUUUUCUAGUUUAGUAUUAGAAAUAUAAUCUUUCACUGUAUAUUUCUCGGAAAAAAGGCGAUCAUUAUUACAUCCAAACACGGCACAAACAUCUUUUUUCCCAUUACAAUCUUAUUCUAAGAAAACUUUAAGUAAAAAUGUCCCGAAAAGCGCUCGAAAAUACAAACGAAAUGUGCUCAUGCCCGCUAGGCAUCCUAUAAUACUCCUUAAAUCGAAUUAAUUCAAUAUGGCCGCCGUAUCGGUAAAAAGGUCUAUUACUUAAUAAAAAUCGAUUGAAAAUUGUUCUGUUGUCAUUCCUCACCGAAAUUCUUUUAUCUCAGGCAAUGGAUGCCGGUGAUGGUCAAGAUGACAUUUUUGCCCGGCGCAGGGACCGAAUGACGAGCGUAUCGGGAAAGGCGCUUUGGGCGCACACGAGACAACAUGUUGAAGAGAGAAGAAUUAGCUUUGACAAGCAAUUGUCCAAAGUUCAAAGCCUUGCCCGGCAGUACACGAUCAAGCAUUCGCAAUCAGUCAGAAGGCGUGCCAAAGAAAGAGCCGCCGUCCCUCGUAGAACCACCAUGGCUUCGUCGACGUUUAGUGAGGCCGCUCGACAGGAGUUGUCAUUGAAGCGCAUGGAAAAUUUUCAAGAUGGACGCUCAAAAGCUGUGAUUGACAAAGAACACGAAAAAUCGUCCAGUACGGAUGGAAAUGGGUUUAAGAAGUACGUGGAUAUUUUUGAUGAAGGUAUGGCUCCUGGGAGGUCAAGUGAUACAAAGCAACAGCUCAGAGAUGAUGACAAGGAGAGUAGAAACGAGGUGAAUCUUGAAGAGAAGGAUGCUGGAGCUGCAGAAUCUCGACGGAUAGAGCGCUCCUCGAUACUGAGCAUGCGCAAAACAAGUGAAGGGAACCUUGAGAUGAUAUCAGAAUCGAAUGACAGCUCUGAAGGGGGGGAGGAGGAAUCCAAGGAAAGCAAACACGAUCAAUCCCAAGGAAUGGAACAUAAUGGCAAAGAUAAAAGACAAGAAUCCAGUACCGACAAAGAUGCGAGGUCCUCUGAAGUGAAGAAGCCCGCCGAAGGAAGAUCUGUAAAGAGAGUCUCUAUAGUUGAAUUCACGGACACUCUUGAUGUGUAA